CUCCCACCAUGUCCGCAAUCGGCUCCCUCAUCUUCUGCAACGACUGCGGCAACCUGCUCGACGGCAGCGCUGGGAAGAAAAAUGUGACCUUGACGUGCGCCAUCUGUGGUGCUACAUGCAAAGAAGUGCAGGCCAUCAACGACGACGAUGUGCAGACGAGCGUCGUCAUUCGGCAGACAUGCGAAAAGUGCGACCACUGUCUUCUACGAGUGCGAUUGCGGUCACAAGUGGAAUACGAACAACUGAAGGGGAGAUAGGAGGACUUCUAUUGAAACCAAAACGCCGUGUACAUGCGAUUGUCCUUCAACCUUAGGCCGCGAUUGCCUGCGCCUGUGGCACAAUGGCAUACUCCACCUCGCCGUUCUUCUCGAACUCGGCCAUGUCAAGCGCAACAAUCACGCUAUCCCGUACCACCUGCUCCGGGUCAUUCAAGAACUUUUUGAGCGUCUCUUCAACACCCUCCUCGUCUCCUAGACUUCCAAGUGCUUCUGCGGCCUCGUGUCGAACCAUGCUCGCCUCCUUUGUGUUGCUCAG